UCAAGGUCACGUUCUGAACCAUUGUGAAGUGUGAUCGUUCGUGGAUUUCUUGGGUUAAAUUUUUACUCAGAAAAUUAACAAUUAAAACUUCAUUCACAUCGUUAUUCGUGGGAAAAAAUUAGUUUUGUUUGUCCAAGUUCGGCUUUGAAGUUCCCAAUGUGUGACGACGACGACUGGGAUGUACCUAACAAUUCGACUACAACUGCAGGGCCAAAAGUCGGGGUGAUAUCCGAAGGAGGUUGCAAAUUUUCGGCUGGGAGAGGUUUUGUGCCAGCCGACCGAGGUGACAGGUUUGGAGGGGGCGAUUCAUGGGGUGAUAACAAUGAUAAUGCUUCAAAAUCAAAUGGUCGCUGUACCGAAGAUGGCGGAGGCGACGAAUGGGGCGAACCCUCUGGUACUUUCUCAUGGCAAGACAACGACGGCGAAUCCAACAGAGGCCGAGGCGGCGGCCGAGGUCGCGGCGGUCGAGGAGGCCGCGGCGGCCGAGGCGGAGGUCGGGGCGGCUCCCGCGACGAUUUCGAAAACGACGAGGGCGGCCACCGCGGCGGUCGCGGUGGCGGUAGAGGCGGACGCGGUGGUCGAAGAGGAGAUCGCGACGGCGAAUUCGGCGACAAUAAAGUCGAAGGAGGCGGCGAAGAAACAGAGAGGAAGCGGGAGUACUACGUACCGCCUGAGGUUGAAAACGUGGAAGAUCUCUUCACUAGUGGUAUUUCGACUGGAGUUAAUUUUAUGAAACUGGACGAAAUCGAAGUGAAUGUUACCGGGAACGAUCCGCCGACCCCAAUUACAUCGUUUGAAAUGUCGGGCUUAAGACCGCACAUUUUAGACAAUAUUAAACGAUCUGGUUAUACCAAACCUACUGCGAUUCAAAAAUACUCGAUACCUGUUGUUCUUCAGGGCCGCGAUUUAAUGAGUUGUGCCCAGACAGGCUCUGGCAAGACUGCUGCUUUUAUGUUACCUAUUAUACAUGACCUGUUAACUAAUAAGAAUCCUCCAAACACAGAAAAUAAUAGUGCGCAUCCGAUUGUUGUGAUUAUGUCGCCAACAAGAGAACUAGCAAUACAAAUUGCCGAACAGGGUCAAAAAUUUGCGUACAAUUCCACCGUUAAGGUGGCAGUUAUUUAUGGCGGAACUUCGACAAACCAUCAACGUGGUAAAAUUUUGGGUGGAUGCCACAUCUUGGUGGCCACUCCAGGAAGACUGAAAGAUUUUGUCAAUCGCGGUUGUGUCUCAUUUUCAUCUUUGAAAUACUUCGUUUUAGACGAGGCCGAUCGCAUGCUGGACAUGGGCUUCUUAGGAGAAGUAGAAGAAAUGUUGAGCCAUCAAUCAAUGCCGGCCACCGGAGAAAGAAAAACAUUGAUGUUUUCAGCCACUUUUCCCGAAGAAAUCCAAGAGUUGGCGGGAAAAUUCUUACACAACUACAUUUUUUUGGCUGUGGGAAUUGUAGGAAGCGCAUCAACAGACGUCGAACAAAAAUUCUUUCAAAUAGGCAAGUACGAGAAAAGAACUAAACUACUAAGCAUACUGGAACAGGCUCCAGACGAUCGAACUUUGAUAUUCGUUGAAACAAAACGAAAUGCCGAUUUUCUAGCUUCCUUUUUGAGUGAGCAAAAUAUUCAGUCUACUAGUAUUCAUGGUGAUAGGUAUCAAAGUGAAAGAGAACAAGCCCUGCUUGAUUUCAAAACCGGUAGAAGAAAAGUAUUGGUUGCCACUGGAGUCGCCGCUAGAGGACUUGAUAUCAAGGACGUACAACACGUCAUUAACUACGACUUGCCAAAUUCGAUUGACGAGUACGUGCAUAGAAUUGGGAGAACCGGUCGCGUAGGAAAUUACGGUAGAGCUACUAGUUUCUUUGACGAUGAACACGAUCGCAAUCUAGCGCCUGCACUAGCUAAGAUUCUUUCUCAAGCCAGUCAAGAAAUUCCAGAGUGGCUGGGAAGCUAUAGUCAUGGGGGUUCUGCUAAUCAAUUUGGUGGACGAGAUAUUAGAGGGGAUAAUUUCGGCCGUGGUCAAGAUUUUGGAGCGCCACCUGUUGACAUAGAAGACUCAUGGUAGAGAAUACCAUGCAUGACACUUAAUUCUUGUUCUCAUUAAGUAGCUUUGCUUUUUUUUUUUUCUUGAUUUAUAUAGUUUGGUAUUACAGAAUGUUUGCACAUUACGUGUUGAGUUUUGUUUUAGUUCUAGUGUUUACCGUUUUCAUAUAUUCGAUUUUCUCUGUUGACAAAAACUGUGAUACUUAACUUUUAGAACUAAUAGUUACAGUAUCCUUAUUAUAUUGUUAUACAAAGAGGAGAAGCAUUCCAAGUUGAUUUCAAUAAAUAUUUUUGCAUACUUA